GGGAGGGGAGCUGAGCAGAGCGGGCGGCGAGACUGCAGCGCAGCCGGAGCCAGAGGAGCAGGAGCUAGAGGAGCAGGAGCCAGGGGAGCAGGGACCUCAGCGGGGCCCCGGACGAUGCGCUAGCCGAGCCCGAGCCGCUGUAGCCGGAGCCACCCCGGGAAGCCGCACAAGCCGAGUCCCGGUCAGAGGAGCUCACAGCCACUGAAGAAGAUGCCGGAACAGAGUAACGACUACCGGGUGGUGGUGUUUGGGGCAGGUGGUGUGGGCAAGAGUUCCCUGGUCCUCCGUUUCGUCAAGGGCACUUUCCGAGAUACCUACAUCCCGACUAUCGAGGACACCUACCGCCAGGUCAUCAGCUGCGACAAGAGCGUGUGCACUCUGCAGAUCACAGACACCACGGGCAGCCACCAGUUCCCGGCCAUGCAGCGCCUGUCCAUCUCCAAGGGCCAUGCCUUCAUCCUGGUCUUCUCUGUCACCAGCAAGCAGUCCUUGGAGGAGCUGCGACCCAUCUACCAGCAGAUUCUGCAAAUCAAAGGCAGCGUGGAGAACAUCCCAGUCAUGCUGGUGGGGAACAAGUGCGACGAGACGCAGCGGGAAGUGGACACCAAGGAGGGGGAGGCCCUGGCCAAGGAGUGGAAGUGCGCCUUCAUGGAGACCUCAGCCAAAAUGAACUACAAUGUCAAGGAGCUCUUCCAAGAGCUGCUCACCCUGGAGAAACAUCGCAACAUGAGUCUCAGCAUUGAUGGGAAGCGCUCCAGCAAGCAGAAGAGGACAGACAAACUCAAGGGCAAGUGUAGCCUGAUGUGAGGGGCCUGGCCCCCAGGGCUGCCCCCUCCCCCUUGCCCUGCUCUGUCCCACUCUUGGUCUUGCUCCAGAUGGCUCCGUGGCCCCUGUUUUGUCUCCUUCUGUCUUCCUGUCAUCUCAAGCUCUCUUCCUCAUGGAUGGCCUCCUUCCAUCUUUCCUCUUUCUCUGUCUCUCAUUGUCCUUCUCUGUCCUCAUAGCAGCCACUCCGAGGUUGUUGAGACCAACCUGUAUCUAAACAGAAACUCCCUCCAUGACAUCCCUCCCAAGUGGUCAUCCAGCCUCUCCCUGGUCAGCUGCUCUCUCUGUCUUCUUUCUCCUGUCCCUGUCUGUGUUUCUGCAUCUAUUUGUUUUUCUCAGUUUCUCCUUCCCUCUGUGUGUGUGUGUGUGUGUGUGUGUGUGUGUAUGUGUGUGUGUGUGUGUCCAUCUCUCCUGCCCUGAGUCUCUCCAUAGGCCCCCCAUUCCUACAUUUGAUCACUGUGACUUGGGGGGCUGAAACGCACAUUGACCUCGCACAUUUCUUUCUCUUUUUUGACCAUUGAUGGCCCCCUCCCUCCUCCCCUGCUCCAUGGGCCCAGCUCAACUCCCCCUUUCACCUGGCUUCCUCCUCCCUGUGAUACCCGGAGGCAUGUGAUAGGGAGGCCCAGUAGACAGGCUUUCCUUGGCCUUUGAGACAAUAGGCAAUAAAGAUGAAGCCCCUGCAGCUGAGCUAGGCCCUCAAUCUGCCCUAGGCCUCCCCCUUGCCUUCCCUCUCUGCCCCUUGUAGAAGUGACCAGUGGCCCCAGGACUGAGGAGCUAGGCCCAGGGGGCUUGUGGGCAGGAGCCAGACUCUGUCUAGCAGCCCAGCACAAUUCACCGCUGUCUCUCUCUUUCACCUCGUUCAGGUUGUAUGGUAGUGUCCCUGCUCCUAGCCUCCCUUCCCAGGGGUCUACAGGAUUACUCUAGGUGUGAAUGGGGGUGGUUCUGUGUACCCCCGGAAGGAGGUUAUGGGCUAGGGUUCUGAGGAGUGGGGGAUCAUCAUUCCCCCCACCCCAGGAGGGUGGGGAGGUAGAAGCCAUCAGCACAACCCCUCUGCCCAGCCCCCAGAACAUCCCCUUGAGGGGAAUGGUCCCUCUGAGGGGCUAGGCUGGGCCCCAUCUCAGAGAUAGAUGUGUCCCAGGGAGGGCACAUUCAGUGAAUUGGAUUUGAGAGAGGGGGCACUCAUUUUCCCUGCCAGGGAGUCCUGACCUGACCCCCAUAGGAAGAGGAGAGGAGAAGACAGUGACCACGAGGAAGACAGACAGGAAGCAUUGGCAGGUGCAUGUGUGUGUAACAAAACCUGUGUGUGUUCAUGCUGUUAUGUGUGUUUGUAUACAUGCAUGUAUAUGCGUUAAUGUAUAUGAUAUCUGUGUGAGUGGGUAUGCAGACAUGUGAGAAUAAAUCAGGGGAUGUAUGCAUGUAUAUUAGUGUGUGUAUGUUUGUAUGUGUGUGUUUGUGCAUGUAAGUGUGCAUGUGUGUGCGCGUGUGUAUGUGUGUGUGUGUGAUAGUAUUUGUGUGUCUGAGUAUGUCUGUGCAUAGGUGGAGGGGCAGGAACCUGUAGGGAAAGCUGAUAGGUUUGGGGGUCAGUGCUGGAGCCCUGCUCCUUCCCCCCGCCCCCAAGGCCAAUCUAUCCCUUCAGCCCCCUGCUGCAGGCAGCACUUCACCCCCUGACAUGCAGCACCCCUGGCUGACCUUGGAAGGGGCUGUGGGGUGAGGCGAGGGAAAGGUGAGCAGGUGAGCUAGGGGACUCUCUCCUCUGAGGGUGCUGGCCCCACCAGGGGCUCUGGUACCGUUCCUCAGGGAUCCACCCUGAUAGCACAAUUACCAUCCCCCAGCCCAGACCCAGGGGCUUAGAGCAGGUGGGGGGAGUGGGCAGCCAGGCCCUGCCUUGCAGUGGGUGUGUCCACCCACUUCUCUCCAACCACACCCCCUCCCCACUGUGACCACCUGAGGCAGAACCAAGCACCUCUUCUCCCAACUGCCCAGAGCAAACUGUGUUAUCUUCUGUUCUUGCCUUCCUGAACACACUCCUCUUCCUUUACCACAUUACUUCCUGGGCCCGAUGUUGAAAUCCCAGGAAAAAAAAAAGAAAAAGACAGGCCUGUCUGGAAAGUAGUUGUCCAGGCCUGGACAGCCUAGGGGAUUCAGCUGAGGGUGACCAGAGAAUAUUAGAGCUGGAAGUUACUUUAAAGACCAUCUGUUCCAAAACCCAUAUUUUACAGAUUGGGAAAUUGAGGCCCAGAGAGAAUAAGAAAAUUGCUUAAAGUCACACACAGCAAGUCAGGGACAGAGCUGGGAGAGAGGUAACAUGUCCUUCAGGGACAGCAGCCCCAUGUAGCACAUGGAUCCCCCUCUCCCAUUGUCCCUGGGCCCUUCGGAAAGCUCCAGAGGUUGGGACCAGGGCAAGACCAAGAGUCUGGGAUGAACAUAGGUCCCACUUCUUCCCUAGGCAUGUGGUGUGGGCAAUUCCACCCUGCCCAGCUGCUGUGACGCUAGAAUAUUGUCUGGUGCUCUGGACUGAGGCCUUGGCCCCCCUCCCCCAAUCCUUUGUAAUGCCUCCCCUCUGUCCCCCAGAUGACUCCCCCGAGCAUGUGGACACCCCCUUCUCCAGUGCACCCUGUCUUUUUUAAGAGUCCAAUGUAGCCUUCACUCUAGAACUAGUCUUCCUCCAAUAAAGACAUGGCUCCUG